GUGGCUAAAAGUGUAACCCGCAGUGGUAAGGAAAAAACAGAGAUUCUACAAGGGGCUGAAUACGGAAGGGAAGAAGAACAUUAUGGUCAGCGACGAUUUAGAUACGGAACUCGUUAGUCAUACACAAUAAUGUAGCUCUACAUGCCAAUUCGUUUCAAAUGAAUUACUAACCAGGCGACCAUGAAUGUUGUUGUUUAGUCAUUGGGUCACCAGUGUGCCAAAAAAGUCACUCUUCAAAGUUCAAAACCGGGAUUAGAUUUGGGCAGGAACUACAAAGACAAGCAUCGCAGCAACCUGCCUCUAGAACAUGCAAGGAAUCCUGUGUGAUCAAGACCACGAGCUACCAGAGGACUGCCUUUCUAUACAAGCAAAAGAAACAUUGAAUUGGCAAAGUAACUCGUCACCUUCGAUGGAUGUGCCAUUGUAGACACGCGACAGGGUGGCUACAACUGGACAGUUUGGAGUUAAAAGCCUUAGAGGAAGCAUUGCAACCCUGGCUUGACAUAUCUGAGGGGGAAUAUGGGUUCCCAGGCUCUUCAGAUAUUGCGGCAGGGGGUGUGGGCCUCCCUGACAGGAGGCUGGUAUGUGGACCCCCAUCAGAGUACGUUUUCAAACUGCUUUCACCUGUACUUGUGGAUAUUCCUCCUGGCCUUUCCCUUCUUGCUGUACAUGGCGCUCCCCCCCACCUUGCUGGUGGCGGGGGUGUACUGCGCGGCCGUGGCGGCGUUCUUCACGGCCGUCAAGACGGUGAACUUCCGCCUCCACGCCAUGUUCGACCUCGGGGAGAUCGUGGAGAAGAGGCAGGCCUCGCUCGCGGCCGAUCCCCCCAGGGCGGAGGACGGGGACGACGGGUCCGCGGCCCACGACGGGAACCAGCACAGGGACAGUUCUGUUGGAGUGGAGAUGACCGUGUUCCGGAAGGUCAACUCCACGCCCCCGGUUCGCUGCAGUUCCCAGCACUCUCUGUUUGGCCUGAACCAAGUGUCGGAGUUUUUACCCCAGUCUGAUGACACAGGAGGCGCUAAGGACAUCAAGGAGCUGAUGAGGGAGCAGGGCAGCAACAACCUGAUCGUGACGUCUGCUCACCGCGACAUCUUUUGCCACAACUCGCAGGACGCCCUCCGGGCUGCCAGCGUGGUCCAGUCCUGCAUGGCCGCGGCUCUCGUCGGCGACUUUACGGGUUUCAUGGGGGUGUCCGGGGGUUACGGAGGCCUGCCGGGGGAGUCCCCAUCGAUUCCCCCCUCUCCCUCCAGCCAGGAGGACGGCGGAGACAAAGAGCACUUCCAGGAGAUGGCGGGGGCACUGGAGCAGUUGCCCCAGGAGGAGGACGAGGAGGAGGACGUGGGGAGGAGGAGGGCCUACUCGCCCCUCGGCCCCUCCGGCGAGUCGGAGAGCCUGGGGGACGCCCCCCUCAGCCCCCUGAUCAAGAGCAGCCUGAGCCAGGAGCUGAGCGAGAACCUGCUGGGCCUGGGGCUGGACCCGGGGGCCUUCGCCCGCGGGACGGCUCACCCCGGCAGCCGCAGCGGGGUGGCCAUGGCGGCCGGCUCCACCGACAGCUGCUUCAGCGGCGGCGGGGGCGCCGCCACCGACCGCGAGACCCUCAGCACGGUCAGCAGCUACCGCAGCGAGAAGACCGACUCCACCCAGCUGGAGAGCCCCUCCCUGAGCCUGCCCCAACCAGCCACCGUCCGCCCCCCGGCCGCCGCCGCCGCCGCCCCCCCCGAGCCCGGCCGAGGGCCCGCGCCGCAGGACGGCAGCGACACGGACAACCUCUCCGACAGCGUGUUGCUGCGCUCGCCCUCCAAAGAGCCCUCGCCCGGGGCGGGGCUGGACCGGACGCUGGUGGAGGGGGACGACCUGCCCCCCGGCGUGGCCGACCCCUGCCCCCCUCCCUCCUCCCUCCGGGACUCCUCCCCCUCCAGCAGCGGCCACUCGGAGGCUUUCGACCUGGAGCGGAGGGCGCCCCUGCCCCCUCCACGCCAGGCCAGCUCCGCGUCCACGGGGCUGGGCCUCGGUCUGGUGAGCUCGGAGCCCGCUCUCCCCGUGUCCUCCUCGCCGUUCCUGCUCUCGGAGCCGCUGCCCUCGCUGCAGAGCCAGACCCAGCAGGUGGUCCGACCCAAAGACCUCAAGCUGUUGCGGCCCGGAGGAGCCGGCGGAGGCGGCGCGGGCCACAGGCCCGGUCGCCGGAAAGCCCCGCGCAAACGGGGGGGCGCCGGCAGCGGCAGUUUCGACUGCGGCUCGUACCGGCGCCACCACAGCCGCGGGCAGCACCGCGACUACAUCCCCGUGCGGAGCCGGCUCGGCGCCAAGGCCUACAGCGAGAGCCUCUUCGAGGACUCGAGCGACGACGACGACGACGGCAGCGACAUGAGCGCCGGCUCCAGCCUGGGCUCGCAGUGCCGCUACAGUUCGGACGACGACUCCAGCUCGUCCACCUCCUGCUACUCCCCGGACCUCGCCAGCCCCGGCGUGGCGCCCGCCGAACCUUCCGCCGCCGCCCAGCCGCCGUCGCCCGGAGACGCGGCGGAGCUCGAGGCGACAGGGCCCUCGCACGCCCGCGGGGCCCAGCGCUCGGCUAGCACGGCUAGCGCCAAGACCCACGCCAGGGUCCUCAGUAUGGACGGGGCCGGCCACUCCAACGCAGCAGGGGCCCCCUCGCAGGCCUCCUCGCAGCCCCCGCCCUCCUCGUCCUCCACCCCGGCCCCGCGCGCCCUCACCAUCUCCAAGUCGGACCUGGAGGCGAGGGGCGUGCACAGCGACGGCUUCCCGGGAUCGCACCUCCACAGGCUGGAGUCCCUGGGGGGAUCCUGGGCCGGUAACCAGGCAGGGUGGAGAGCCGGGGAGCUGGCGGAGGAGGGAGCUGUGGGCGGAGCUCUCGCCCCCGAGGAGGCAGGCAAGAGGGACUCUGUGAGCAGCGUGAAGAGGACCCAGGCCAUCCGCAGGCGCCACAACGCCGGCAGCAACCCCACCCCGCCCCCGUCGACCAUGGGCUCCCCACCCAGCCUGCAGGACCUCCAGCGUGUCCGCACCUCGUCCCACACGCGGGCGCGCACCCUGCCCUCCGCCCUGCACUUCGCCUCCUCCCUGCUCCUGCGGGGCGGCGUGCACGAGGCGUCCACCUUCGACGACACGUCCGAGGGGGCCGUGCACUAUUUUUUCGACGAGAGCGGUUGUUGUUGCUGUGUCACAGGAGUGAAGAGGUCGUACACAUUUGGCCCUGCAGGAGGGGGCUACGAGGACCCAGUGCAGGAGCGAGAGAGGCAGUCGCAGUCGUCCAGCUUCACUUCCACAGAGGUGCCAGACGGGGCGCCGGUGCUGUCCAUGCUGCAGCCCAGGCCCGUGGUCCUGCAGGGGAUGCAGGUGCGCAGGGUGCCCCUGGAGAUGCCGGAGUUCGACCUGGACCACGAGUCCCUCCACGAGUCCCAGGAGAACACCCUGAUGAUCGAGGAGAAGGCCAAGCCCCGGCAGUACUACCGCUUCUGGGUGCUCCCGGGCCGCUGGCUCCGGGUGCGCUACGACCGGCUAGCCCUGCUAGCUCUGCUGGACCGGAACCGCGGGGUGGGCGAGAACGUGUUGGCGGUUCUGCUGGCCAGCCUGGUGGCCUUCCUGGGCUUCCUGCUCCUGCUCCAGGGCUUCUUCAGGGACAUCUGGGUCUUCCAGUUCUGCCUCGUCAUCGCUAGCUGCCAGUACUCCCUCCUCAAGAGUGUUCAACCCGAUGCAGCCUCCCCGAUGCAUGGCCAUAACUGGAUCAUCGUGUACAGCCGCCCCGUCUACUUCUGCCUGUGCUGCUCUCUCAUCUGGCUGCUGGACCUGGUGGGCCGGUCGAGCGCCCUGUUGCCCUUCUCCCUCUACGGCAUCACCUUCUUCUCCCCACACUUCCUGCUCUGCGCCAGGGACGUGCUCAUAGUGUUUGCCUUGUGUUUCCCUGUGAUCUUCCUGUUCGGCCUCCUACCUCAGGUCAACACGUUCGUCAUGUGUCUGCUGGAGCAAGUGGACAUGCACGUGUUCGGGGGAACGGCCACCACCAGCCCCCUGUCAUCCCUGUACAGCCUCAUCCGCAGUGUGCUGGUGUCGGCGCUGCUUUAUGGAUUUUGCCUCGGUGCUAUCAACGCCCCAUGGGUGGACCCUCACGUGCCAGUCCUGUUCUCGGUGUUCUGCGGCCUGCUCCUGGCUCUCUCCUACCACCUGAGCCGCCAGAGCAGCGACCCCACCAUCCUCUGGUCUCUCAUUCGCUCCAGGUUCUUCCCCGAGCUGGACGGUCGCCCCCCUGAGGACCCACCGCUGGAGAUCAAGGACCCCCUGCCGGAGAAGCUACGCAACUCUGUGAAGGAGACUCUUCAUUCAGACCUGGUGGUGUGUCCUCUCAUGGCCGUCAUCACCUUCGCCAUCAGUGCCAGCACCGUCUUCAUCGCCCUGCAGCCGGCCCUCAGUUUCGUCCUGUACGUGGUGGCCGGCGCUGUGGGCUUCCUCACCCACUACGUGCUGCCCCAGCUCCGCAAGCAGCUGCCCUGGUUCUGCCUGUCCCACCCCCUGCUGCGCUCCAGGGAGUACAGCCAGUUCGAGGUCCGCGACGCGGCCCAGCUCAUGUGGUUCGAGAAGCUGUACGCCUGGCUGCAGUGCGUGGAGAAGUACUUCAUCUACCCCGCCGUGGUGCUCAACUCCCUGACCACCGAGGCCCGCGGCGUCAGCCAGAACCACAAGGAGCUGGAUCUCUACGGCCGGGCUCUCUUCAUCUCCCUGGCCGGCAUGAAGCUGCUGCGCUCGUCCUUCUGCGCCCCGUCGCUGCAGUACGUCACGCUCUGCUUCACCGCCCUCUUCUUCCACUUCGACUACCCCCACUUCUCCGAGACCUUCCUCCUGGACUUCUACUUCAUGUCCAUCCUCUUCAGCAAGCUGUGGGACCUCCUCUACAAGCUGCGUUUCGUCCUCACCUACAUCGCUCCGUGGCAGAUCACCUGGGGCUCCGCCUUCCACGCCUUCGCCCAGCCCUUCGCCGUGCCUCACUCCGCCAUGCUGUUCCUCCAGGCGGUGUUCUCCGCCCUCUUCUCCACCCCUCUCAACCCCGUCCUGGGCAGCGCCGUGUUCGUCACCUCCUACACCCGCCCCGUCAAGUUCUGGGAGCGAGAUUACAACACCAAACGGGUGGACCACUCCAACACCAGACUUGCAACCCAGUUAGACCGCAACCCAGGCGCCGACGACAACAACCUGAACUCCAUCUUCUACGAGCACCUGACGCGCUCGCUGCAGCACAGCCUGUGCGGGGACCUGCUGCUGGGCCGCUGGGGGAACUACGCGGCCGGGGACUGCUUCAUCCUGGCCUCCGACUACCUCAACGCCCUGGUGCACAUCAUCGAGAUCGGCAACGGCCUGGUCACCUUCCAGCUCCGCGGCCUGGAGUUCAGGGGCACCUACUGCCAGCAGAGGGAGGUGGAGGCCAUCACAGAGGGGGUGGAGGAGGACGAGGGCUGCUGCUGCUGUGAGCCGGGCCACCUGCCCCACGUGCUCUCCUUCAACGCCGCCUUCGGCCAGCGCUGGCUGGCCUGGGAGGUGGCGGCCACCAAGUACAUCCUAGAGGGCUACAGCAUCAGCGACAACAACGCAGCCUCCAUGCUGCAGGUGUUCGACCUGCGCAAGAUCCUCAUCACCUACUACGUCAAGAGCAUCAUCUACUACGUGAGCCGCUCGGCCAAGCUGGAGGAGUGGCUGGCCAACGAGGCCGUCCAGGAGGCCCUGAGGCCGUGCCUGGGCCCGGCCUACGUGGACAGCGACCCCACCUUCAACCUGAACAUCGACGAGGACUACGACCACCGCGCCUCGGGCAUCACCCCCGCCGCCUUCGGCAUGGUGUACCUGGACUGGAUUCGGUACUGCAACAGCCGGAGGCAGACGCCGGUGGACAGCGAGAGGGACUCCCCUCUGGUCACCCUGUGUUUCGGCCUCUGCAUCCUGGGGCGGAGGGCUCUGGGCACGGCCUCGCACAGCAUGUCUGCCAGCCUGGAGCCCUUCCUGUACGGCCUCCACGCCCUCUUUAAGGGGGACUUCCGCAUCACCUGCCCCAGGGACGAGUGGGUGUUUGCGGACAUGGAGCUCCUGAACAGGGUGGUGGCCCCCGGAGUGCGGAUGUCUCUGAAACUCCACCAGGACCACUUCACGUCCCCGGACGAGUACGAGGACCCCGCGGUGCUGUUCGACGCCAUCACGGCCAACGAGGAGAAAAUGCUGAUCUCGCACGAGGGCGACCCGGUGUGGCGCAGCGCAAUCCUGGCCAACACGCCCUCGCUGCUGGCCCUGCGCCACGUCAUGGACGACGGCAGCGACGAGUACAAGAUCAUCAUGCUCAACAAGAGGUUCCUCAGCUUCAGGGUCAUCAAGGUGAACAGGGAGUGCGUCCGGGGCCUGUGGGCGGGGCAGCAACAGGAGCUGGUCUUCCUGCGCAACCGCAACCCCGAGCGCGGGAGCAUCCAGAACGCCAAGCAAGCCCUGAGGAACAUGAUCAACUCGUCCUGCGACCAGCCCAUCGGCUACCCCAUCUACGUGUCGCCGCUGACCACGUCGUACGCCGGCGGCCACGCCCAGCUGCGCUCGGUGUGGGGGGGCCCCGUCAGCCCCCACAACAUCUCCGCCUGGCUCCUCAGCAGCUGGGACAGGCUGCAGAAGGGGUGCGGCGCCGGCUGUAACAGCGGGGGGAACAUCGAGGACUCGGACUGCGGCGGGGGCUCGGCCUCCAUCUCCAACAACCCGGCCGGGCACACCACCCAGAGCACCCCGGCCUCCAGCCUCCCCCAGCCCCACCUCACCACCCUGCAGCCCCCCAUGGGUACCGACAACCCUGCUGGCCCCACGCCGACUUGGCCCCACCAUCCUCACCCCCUCCCCCUGGCCCUGCUCAGCCAGUCAGAGGGCCGCGCGGAGGGAGCCCUGGCCGCCUCCCUCCACCGCACCUCGUCCAUCCAGGGCCUGCUGGGCCAGCACCUCUCCAGCUCCCAGCUGUCCUUCAGCAGCUCCAUGGUGCUGCCCCCCCUGCCGGCGCCCGAGCGCUUCUUCUGCCCCGGGGGCCGGCAGGAGGGCGCGGGGGGCCACCACCACCACGGCGGGGCCAGGGCCGGCCUGGGCCUGGCCUACGACAGCCCCUACGGGAAGUGGAGACUCUCCGGCAGGAAGGGCUUCAACGGGCCGCCGGCCGGCGAUUCGGACGCGGGGGGGGGUCCGAACGCGAGGACACAGCCCCCGACCCCGGGGCCCCCCCCUCCCGAGGCCAGCCUCACCCAGGACCCCCUGGGGGUCACCCAGUCUAAGGAAACCACCCCCCAGUCUCCAGGCGACCCCCUUACCCCCAGAGAGGAGUCUACAGAGCUGCCCUUGUUGGAGCACCUUGGCUAGGUCUGUUGUCCGUAGCACACCGUCACGUUCUAGGAUGGGUGUCCAAAGGUUUGGACUGGAACCGUUCUAGCCUGCAGUUUUUUUUUUUUUUGUGGGGGUGGGCGUGUCUGUCUGCCACCUCCUUCCGUGUUGCAAAAUCUCACAAGAAUAUCAUGAUAUCAUUCUUUUUUUUUUCUUUUUUUUUUUGAAGCGGGCGGACGUGGUGACGGAUGUUUCCUCGACGGCCCCUCUUCCUGUUUAGAGGAGGGAGGGAACGGCUUCAUGUAGGGCACGCGGCAGAACCAAGUCAUACCAAACAGCAGCUGGCGCGCUGGGACUUUUUAAGAGGGG